CAGUGGUUAUUGUCUUCUCAUACGUGAUGUCAGUGUUGGCGCGACUCACCAUCGCUUCUGGACAGCCGUCGGAGCCGUCGUUUGCCAUGAGAUCCAAGUCAGUGACCAUCGGAUACGAUGACACCAAUGAUAUCCGCGUUUAUAACAAUGGCAUCGCUCCCGAAGACCAGACCACACUCCAGAUCAUUGCUCUCAACAAUGAAAACAAUGUCCGUCCGAUGGAGUUCUUCGUCCGUUCACUCAAUGGCAAAUCGUUUCAAUUGAAUGACGUGUUGACGAGUGGUAUGCGAAAAGUGGAGCUCAAGAACAACGAUCGGCUGACCAUCGGCUCCAAGACAUUGCUGUUCAACAAAAUGAAGCCACAGAUGACUGAAAACAAACCGAUGAUUCCCAGCAAACAACCAUUGAGUGAACAGUCAUCCAAAGGCUGUGCCACUCCUGUGGUCAUAGAUCUGACGCCCAAUGAGUCCAGUGGUGACGAAAUCCAAGACUCAAAUGUUUCAAAUGCAUCGAUGACUCCAGACAUCACCAGACAGAGCCAAUCAAUGUCUGUGAAGCCAUGCAGUGUUAGUGUCACACCGAUGGCCAUCCACGACAACCCCAAUGAAUCCAUUGAUGACGGGAUUACGGCUCCCGAACCCACUCCUGAGAUACAGAAAACCAGAUCUAAACGUAUCAUUGAAUCCGUGGACCAGACGUCGAAACCGGUAGAAAAGGUGACCAAAAAGAAAGUGGUCAUAGACUUGGCUCCCGAACCCACUCCUAAGAUACUGAAGACUAGAUCUAAGCGUACCAUUGAAUCCGUAGACCAGACAUCCAAACCGGUAGAAAAGGUGACCAAAAAGAGGGGUCCGGCGCCUGCAAAGGCACCCAAAGUCAGUGCCACAGAACCAGUAGUUACUGAGGCCCGCAAUGAGCCCACGGAUGACCAAAAUACCGACUCUAAUAAAACAGAAACUUCUGUUAAAAAGACACAAAAGACGACCAAAAAGAAAGUGGUGAUAGACUUGCCUCCCGAACCGCCCACUCCUAAGAUAAAGAACACCAGAUCUAAGCGUACCAUUGAUUCCGUGGACCAGACAUCCAAACCGGUAGAAAAGGUGACCAAAAAGAAAGUGGUCAUAGACUUGGCUCCCGAACCCACUCCUAAGAUACAGAAAACCAGAUCUAAGCGUAUCAUUGAAUCCGUGGACCAGACGUCGAAACCGGUAGAAAAGGUGACCAAAAAGAGGGGUCCGGCGCCUGGAAAGGCACCCAAAGCCAGUGCUAAACAGGAGAUGGCAACAGAGGUUCCCGUUCAGGCCAUUGAUAAUGAAAAAGAAACCAGAAGAGGUGCGCCCCCUGUAAAGGCUCCCAAAACCAGUGUCAAACAGGAAACGGAACCAAAGGGGAGAAGGGGUCGAAAGGCGACCAAAAAGGCUGAGGAAGUGGUAGAGGUGGAGGUGCUGUCACCGGACGUGCCGAAGACCAGGAAUACGAGGUCUAAGCGUCAUAUCGAUUGCGUUGAACUGUCGCCCAAACCGGCGAACACAAGAGCCAAACGCAAAGCUAAGCCAUAAAAGAC